AUGGAUGACGAUGAUGCCGACUACAUGCAAGGCAGCGACGAGGACUACGGCUUUGCCUACUCCGACGACGACAAUGAUGAAGAAGAGGCAGGAGGCGCAGAUGCCGAGAACAUGUACUAUACAGCGAAAUCCAAGAAGGAGGACAACCCUGAACAAGCAUUGAAGGAGUUCCGUGCGAUCGUAGAGCAAGAAGAGGAAAAGGGAGACUGGGGGUUCAAGGCGUUGAAGCAGUCUACCAAACUCCUCUUCCUCACCCUGCACAGACCACCAGAUGCUCUCAAGACAUACACCGAGCUCUUGUCGUAUACCAAAUCCGCUGUCACACGCAACUAUGCCGAGAAGACCAUCAACAGCAUCUUGGAUUACGUCGGCGGUAGCAAGAGUGGUCCGGUCGAAGUCAACAUCCUCGAGCGGUUUUACGAGGCCACCAAGGCAGCAUUGGCAGAGGCUAAGAAUGACCGGUUAUCAGCCAAGACGAACCUGAAGCUUGCCAAGCUGUGGCUGGAUCGUAAAGAGUACGGUCGCCUGCAGAAGAUACUGAACGAACUGUACAAAUCGACCAUCGGCGAGAACGCCGACGACCAGGCCCAGAAAGGCACACAGCUCUUGGAGAUCUACGCGCUUGAGAUCCAGAUGCACAAUGAGAGGAAGAACUACAAGAAAUUGAAGGAGAUCUACAACGCCUCCAACGCCGUACGCUCUGCCAUUCCACAUCCCCGAAUCAUGGGUGUGAUCAAGGAGUGUGGCGGGAAGAUGUGGAUGGGCGAACGUCAAUGGAAUCGCGCAAGCGAGGAUUUCUUCGAGUCUUUCAAGAACUACGACGAAGCCGGCUCGCCUCAGCGGAUACAGGUGCUCAAGUAUCUUGUCCUCGCCAACAUGUUGACGGGAAGCGAAGUCAACCCCUUCGAUAGUCAAGAGACCAAACCGUACAAGACCGACCCUCAGAUCAAGGCCAUGACGGAUCUUGUAGACGCCUACCAACGGCGUGAGGUGCAUGCCGCCGAGAGGAUUCUGCGAGAGAACAAGGCGACUAUCAUGGAUGAUUCGUUCAUCAAGCAGUACAUCGGGGAGCUCCUGCGCAGUCUACGCACGCAGUACUUGAUUGACCUCAUCAAGCCUUACACUCGGCUGGAGCUAGCGUUCCUUGCGAAGCAACUAAACGUCGAGAACGAGGAGGUCGAGGAGUUGCUUAUUGGGCUCAUCCUUGAGGGCAAGGUCGAGGGUCGCAUCGACCAGGUCGCAAUGCGCCUCGAGCUGGAACCCAACCUCCAGAAGAAGCGCUACAGCGCUCUGGAUAAAUGGUCGGCGGCCCUGGACUCCAUACAUACCACGGUUCUUGGAAAGAACCAUAGCGGACAGCGUGGCGACUUCGGCUACGGCCUCCCGAGUGAGAGCCUCGUUGGAGACGGAAGGUGGUGA